AUGGCGUCACCCGCACCUCUCCUCCGCCCACCCAUUCCAGGUGCAGGUCGCCAGCAAACCGGCGGCCGCAUGCCACGCCUUGGCCUUUCCAUACCCGCAUCUCCCAACCAACGACCGGUGAACAGCGUGGCAGCACCUCCCAUGACAGACACAUCCGCCGUCCCCCCAUUAUCAAUACAAACUCGACAAGCGCCCCCCAAGCUUAGCCUUGCCACGCCCAUGGGCAGCUCUCACACCCCGCAAGAGAACAACCCUGCUCGAAGGAGAGGUCCACCCCUACAAAUCGCACCAGGCUUGUCUGCAAGUGGAGCGAGCAGUGAUGACUCUGCACAUAGUCGGACGAAUAGCUUUGGAGCAAAUACCACACAAAACGGCUCGGUUUCUACAACAUCAUCCUACUCGGCGCUGAAUUUUGUGGAGAUGCUGCGCGGCGACAAGGAUCCGGUGUCUGCAACAGGGUCGAUGUACAGCUCGAGCUCGGCACAUUCAGUGGGCAUGGAGCGUGAGGGUAGCACACAAGGUAUCCUACCAGAUCUAGAAAAGCUGAGCUUAGAAAAGGGCCGACCCUUGGACGUGGAAGACCUCGACGACGCCGGGUGGAAAGCAGCCAAAAAGGAGGGUCGGAUAGUCGAACUCGGCAGUCUCGGCGAGGGAGCCGGCGGCGCCGUCACUCGAUGUGUCCUGAAAGGCGGCACCACCGUCUUCGCCCUCAAAAUCAUCACCACGGAUCCCAACCCGGACGUCAAGAAACAAAUCGUCCGCGAACUCUCCUUUAACAAAUCCUGCGCGUCCGCCCACAUCUGCCAGUAUUACGGCGCCUUCAUGGACGAUACGGCGGGAACCAUUGGCAUCAGCAUGGAGUUCUGCGAAGGCGGCUCCCUCGACAGCGUCUACCGCGAAGUGAAGAAACUCGGCGGCCGCACGGGGGAGAAGGUUCUCGGUAAAGUGGCCGAGGGCGUGCUCAAUGGGCUGACAUACCUCCACGGCCACCGCAUCAUCCACCGCGACAUCAAACCGAGUAACAUCCUCCUCACCCGCCAGGGAGGCGUGAAACUCUGCGACUUUGGCGUGAGUGGGGAGUUUGGCACGAAAGGGGAUGCGAAUACGUUCAUCGGGACAAGUUAUUACAUGGCUCCCGAGAGGAUCACGGGGCAGAGCUAUACCAUCACGAGUGAUGUCUGGAGUUUGGGCGUCACGCUGUUGGAGGUGGCUCAACAUCGCUUCCCGUUCCCCGCGGACGGCACGGAGAUGAACCCUCGCGCGGGACUGAUUGAUCUGUUGACGUAUAUUGUCCGCCAGCCGAUUCCGAAGUUGAAGGACGAGCCGGAGAACAAGUUGAAGUGGAGCGAGAAUUUCAAGUAUUUCAUCGAGUGUUGUUUGGAGAAAGAUGCGAAUCGACGCGCUACGCCUUGGCAUAUUGAGGGUCACCCGUGGAUUGUGGAGAUGAAGUCGAAGAGGGUGGAUAUGACGCAGUUUUUGAGGACGGUGUGGGAUUGGAAGGAUUGACAGGAUGAGGGAAUUGAGGAAAGCAUUGUGCGGUCGAAUCGAAGGAUGAGGCACCGCGAUUGAAGGAUGCGACCACGGAUUUCUUGUGUUACGGUGUGAAAACGCACUUGGAUGAGCGUAUUUGGCAUACGAGCAGGCGUUGGUUUCUCUUUGGGUCGUCGUUCGUUUGGACGAAAGACUGGCUGGCGCUUCAGAUUGCAUGGCGAAUUG